CAUUUUCGCGCGCUCGAAAGAUCGUAAUGGAGCGAAGAUACAAGGGGUGUUUGACCAAAAGAAGUCCUCCGAUUCCUUCCCAAUCAUAAGUUCUAACUGAAGUUGUAUCCAGAGACCACGAAAACAGCUAGCCCAAGUGUGUGACGAUCGGUCCGUUUGUGAAAAUCGACCUUGAAACUAUCUCAGCAAGUGAAGUAAACAGUGACGGCGGCCGCGUCAGACGCGCAAUUCACCGCCGCCCCUAGACUCUGUGUGUGAAUGAGGUCCCUUCAAACCUCCUAGAAGUUCCCUUCUUGGAGGGUAUUGUCGAUGGAUUCGGUUCAGUUGUGCAGCAGCAUCGACAGCAGCAACAACGGAAGCAAUAGAACAUUACCGAGGCCUAGUUGUGCCUAGCUGCAGCGUAUACACCGGUGUGCAUAGAUAUCCCCCUCCACCCCUCGCAGGGGGCCGAUAUUGCUGGUGUGUCCAAUUGGAUUCGGUUCUUCAGCCACUUCGCAUCUCCGGUGCAAUAAGAACGCAGUCGGAUCCCACUGUGGAUGCACUUUCUGUGCGUGUAAAAAAACGAUCAACAGUUUCACGAACUUGUGGUGUCCGUGUCCGACCAAAAGUGCCGUUGCAAUUUCCCCGUUGCAUCAUCUGACGAACAAGAAAAACAUUCAUUGACGAAUCGAAGGAUAACAAAUAUUGGAAACAUUUUGCUGUUUGCAUCGAACGUGUGCUUGUUGUGUUUGGGGUGCAUUUGACACAGCGGGGAAGCUGUCCCGUAAUCGUGCGUGCGUAUGUGUGUGUGCACGUUUUGUGCAUUAAAAGCCACCUUCUACUACUAGCGGAGAAAAGAGUAAAAUUUUUAAACACCAGAAACGAACGUUUGGCACUGCCUGGCGACUGAUAAAAGAAGACACAGUUCGUCUUCUCUAAAAGGGCUUUAUUGAAGGACACAGACUCACAGUCUGUAAUCCUUUCAAUUUCGACUUCUUCACACAAGCUGAAGAUCACACGAAGAUCGUUUAAAACCAUCACUGGACGAACUACUCGUGGUCGAUCGAAGUUCGUUACAUCACCCAGAUUUCUCGGAUUGAAGAAGCCUGCUGCACAACGCCAACCGGCUUGACCAAGAUGACUACCGCCGAAGAACCUGCCAGCAGCCCGCUAACUGCGCAGCGUGCAGUGCACCGGGAAAUCUGUCGUACGCUCAAUAUCGACGACGACACGGAGAUGCGCUCGUGGCGGACGUACGAGGUAACCCGCAGCCAGUACGAGCUUACGGGUGAACCGCCACAUUGGAUGUGCUGUUCUCUGUAUGUGGCCUGUCUCCAAGAGUUGCCGUCCGUGGGUUGUACGGACCACUACAUCCGUGGGAAUGGUGUGAACAUCACUAAUUUGCUUCGGUCGUGCAAUAUAAGGAUUCAAGAGUUUUUCAAUAAAAUGACUGACUGGUGCGCGGUGACAUCGCUACCGACCCGGCUGCGUCAGUGUUUCGAGAAUCUGCGCCACGAGUUCGACGUCUCGAUGAGGGCGUACAACAGCUUCGGCAAUGAUUUUCCGCGCGUAUUGAACGAGGCCAACAUCACGCCGGACGAGCCGAAGCGCAACAAAAAGGCCAAACCGAGCCCCUGCUCGUACAAUCGGCUGCGCGAAUUCGCCUGGGUGUUGUUCCUGUGCGUGAAGGAGCAGCAUCAGGAGCAGCGGCGUGAUCUGACCACCGCCAUGAACCUGAGCGUGUGCGUGAUCGAUCUGAUCUAUAAGAAUGUGGUCGCUGAGGGCAGGAUGGAUCUGAUCAACCCGUCCGUCCUGCAUCCGGGCAUUAACGGUUCGACCGACGCGGUUAACAAUGGGGUGGAUGGUACGGCUGCGGCCAUCGCUGCCGGUCGAGAGUUGAACGUGAUGGUAUUGCUCUGCAACGGCUGUUCAACCACGCGCGAGAGUGUCGAGGAGACGAACCGAACCAUUUUCCUACCAACGCUGAGCGGAAUGAUUGACAGUGGGGAAUUGAAGGGCACGCGUGGUGAUGAAUCAUCACCGGACGGUCGGUUUGUGGGACUGGUAUCGGUAGCUAACUUUGAGGAUAACUUCAAAGCUCUGCAGCGUCGCUACGAGAGCCGCAUUCUGCGGUGCGUAAUGUUGGACGAGCGGAUCGCACUGAGUCUGACGCGUCAGCCCAACACGAGUGGUGGAACGCAGCGGUGGGUUAGCAACGGGGCUGGCUAUCCGCUUACACCCCUGAGCGUGAAAUCGCGCGGACCGGGUGGCAGUAGAACGCUGAGCGGUGCUCCCGAUCCCAGUGCCAUCGGUGGGUUUAUGCUGCGUGGCACGCUGACGCAGCUGAUGAAGAAAAUCCAGGGCCAUGAACCGGGCAAACCACGCGAAUCGUUCCUUAAUCUGAUGAAAAACUGCCCCACGAGCCCACUGAAGACUGUGCAGGAUCGGCUGGAUCGGCUGCGGGAUCGUUUCGUGCAGAAGCUGACCGCUAACGGCUGGAAUUCGAGCACGUUGCAGGCGCGCUUCGACAGCAUCGAAGCGCUAUACUAUCUACUGAUGGAAAACAUCAUCCCGUGGGAGAUUCGUAAGCGACCGUCGAUCCCUUUGUCGAAGGUGAUUUACGAUAUGUGCACCGCCUCCGAGAUGUUUAACUCGGCCGUUUGUGUAUGCGCGGCAGAGAUUAUCUUUUUCCUGCGUGAAGAGCAGAACAACUUCCCUUGGAUACUGCAGGUGUUCGAUAUGCAGCCGUACAAUUUCUUACUCAUCAUCGAGGUGACGGUGUCGUCGAACAGUGACAUCCUUACGCCGGACAUAGUAAACCAUCUACGCCGGAUCGAAGAGCAGUCGGUUGAUUCACUCUGCUGGAAGAGCUCGUCGAUGCUGUGGGAAAGGAUGGAGAAGGAAAACUUUGAAAUCCCCUCGAACAAGGACGUCGAGCAGAGGGCUGAGAUUUCCGGAAUAACUCCGCUGAAAGGAGAUUCGACCAGAAACACACCGAACGGUGCCACGAGGGGUAAUGUUGUGAACGGUAACAAGGAUUCAUCGUUGAUCUCAUCCUUCUGCUCGCCUCAGCGAGGAAACAAUGCUCAGUCUUCGACUUCGUUAAAUCUGUUCUUCCGUAAGAUGUAUCACGUGGCGUACGUCCGGUUGACCAACCUUUGCCAGAAUCUCGGGCUCGAGUCGGAGAUCACAUCGGAUCAACCGUCACUCAUCUGGACGAUCUUCGAGUUUACGAUCACCAAGUGCGCACGGCAAUUGAUGCGCGAUCGCCACCUCGAUCAGCUGCUGAUGUGUGCCAUCUUCGUGACAAUACGUAUCAAGAAGUUGCAGAAAACAUUCAAGGAGAUUAUGCACUGCUACCACAACCAGCCACAGGCGACCAGUGCCAUCUAUCGGAGUGUGUUCAUCCGACGUGCCCCCGCAGAAGGGCAACCGGCGGCCAAUGGGGUUACCGAUGCCGUAGCGUCGACUUCGACGACAACGACAACUAAUGGUCAGAAUGAAAGACGCUGCCCAGUUGAUGAAAUGGCGGCCACCUCGGUGCAGUACGAUCGCGAUGAGUACGGUGAUAUCAUCAAGUUCUACAACGAGAUUUACGUGCAGAUUGUUCACUCGUUCACAAGCAAGUUUUGUAAUAACGACAUGACACAUGAGUCACUGUUCCUUUCGCCCACGCCGAAAUCGCAGCCGCGCAACCUCCAGAAGUCCCCGCGACAGAUCAGCGACAACAUUAACCUGUACGUAUCCACCACCGACAGAAGCACCGGCAGUGGAGUGCUGGAUUCGCCCAACAUUCGUACCUACACGUUCCCGGCGAGUCCCGGCCAGCCAAGUUCAAUGGUCGACCGUACCAUGCCUUCGGCGAGCCGCAGAAAGGGAGAAACGUGCGUUCGCAGCCUCACGGAACCGUGUGCCUUCGAUCAAUCACCCAAGGGGAAAGUGCGGCGGCUUGAUAAGAUUCACCAGGAGCGACGAUACCAGAAGCAGGACGAUGACAAUGGAUCCUAAAUUCGGGGGCGAUUUCCUUACUGUUUUUUUUUAUUUUUUUUCCCCCUUCCUCCCCAUACUUUACUUCACACUCACAUUCUCAUCCACACAGUGACACACUGGAUGAUUAUUAGGACGAUUAAGCGAGCGAUUCUUGGCGGGAAGCGAAGGGAGGGAGAUGAUAUUCAUCGUGCAUUAGUUAGCUUCGUGUAUAGUAUCUAGUUUUCGUUUAGUAUAGUAUAUAGGUACGUUUUACACGUACACACUCUUUAUUGGCUGAAAGUUUUCCAGGAGACGGUGACGUAUUGUCCUCUAGUUGGCCAAAAAGGAAGGGGUGCAUAUUGUGUAGUGCGUUCCUUUUUCAGCACUUGGAGUACUUUUCCUUCCGCUAAUCAUUCAUAUUGAUUAUUAGGAGAGAAAACUUCACACGGCGGAGCCUAGCGAUUAGUUUUAAACGAAUGGAACGAUUCUUUCGUGCACGAUUAUUUUACUUAGUGUAAAAGAUAAUACUUAACGUAAUUGAGGCAAUUUCUGUUCUCGUGGUAAAGCUAGAGUUUUUAACACUUCUAGUUUUUAGGUUUGUGGUUUUUAUGUUGACUUUUCAAGUAAAAAGCAUUCUCCUUUUAUAAUUGCCCCCUA